AUGACACGCACCAAAAAGAACAAGCCCGGCGGCGGACAAAGAGUAGAGAAACAAAAGAAAGCACCCAAACCCGCUGCACCAAAACCCUACACGGCGCCCACCAUAACCUCGUCCACCAAAAUCCCGCACUGGAAACUCGGCCAGCCAAAAGAGUUUUACACCAACUUUGUGCACAAGCGUCAACCCGUGAUCAUCCAGGGCAAGCUUGAGGACCUCGACUUUGUCACCAAGAAUUGGGCUGAUGUCGAGUAUUUGCGCAACACUGCUGGCGAUGCGCGCGUCAAGGUCGAGCCCAUGCAUAAAGAGAAGAAGCGCUAUGGCACUGAUGUGCAGCGUGUGGACACCACUUUUGGCGCUUUCCUCGACUCGCUGAAGGAAGACAAGGACGAGUACGAUUAUCUGACUACCCAAUACUCGGAUGACGAAGACAACACGGACGACGAAGACGACUCAGACGACGGAGAAAACGAAGACGCUCAAGACAACGAGAUCAAGAACGGCACUUUCCCUCAACCCGUGCGUGCUCUGUUGCGCAAAGACGUCCCCAUGCGUCCCGCUCUGAUGGGCAAUCUCGUGCUCCAACAAAUGAACAUCUGGCUCGGCAAGACAAAAUCCGGCACCAGUUCUGGUCUGCACCACGAUUUCCACGAUAACCUCUACAUUUUGCUCAAAGGUCGCAAGAGGUUUGUCUUGUAUCCGCCCUCGGCAGUCCACCACCUCGAUACCUAUGGCAAGCCCCAGAGAAUCCACCAUAAUGGCUUGAUCGUGUACAAGCAGCCCGGUGAAGACGAUGAUGUUUCCGAGGAAGACAACGAAGCCGACGCCAUCAGAGCAGAUGGCCUUGUCGAAAGAGAUGCCGCCGCCCUCAAAGUCCAAGCCCUGGAAGAAGCAAUGGACAAACUCGAAACCAGCAACGACAAACAAGCCCUCGACGCCAUACAAAAGGAAUAUGGACAUGCCGUGGAGCAAUUGAUGAAAUACCAAGCCGCCGACUUUGGCGAGCUGGGCGAAGACGACUUUGACGAAGUCUCUUCAGAGGAAGAAUCAGACCCUGAAGACCUCAAAGACCAAGUGCUUCGCGACAAUGUUUCCAACAGCAAGAAACGUAAGGCCGAGGACGAGCUGUCGGCAAGCAAAGCCACCAAGACUGUAAAAGCAGAAGACGAUGAUGAAGAUUCAGAUGCCGCCGACGACGACGACGACGAUUCAGACGCCGACCUCCUCGCCGCACUCGAGCGCGCCCAAAACGGCCAACGCGACGACUUCAAUGACUCAGACGAGGACUCGGCCUCCGACCUCGACGAUGCCUUCGCCCACGCCCAAGGCGAAGACGCCUACUUUCCCUCUGAACCCCUCUCUUUCUCUCAACUAUCCACCCAAUCCCUACAUUCCCAUCUCGCCCUCACAACCCCGCAAACCACCUCUCCUUUGCUCCAANAAGCAGGAACACCAUAUAUCGUCGACCUCCACGCUGGAGACAUGUUGUAUCUACCUACAUCAUGGUUCCACGAAGUCACUUCGUUUAGCGAUGGAGACGGCGGCGAUGAUAAUGUGCAUAUAGCGCUUAAUUAUUGGUUUCAUCCUCCUGAUGCCGUGGAAGCUGGGUUUGAGAUGCCGUAUACUGAUGCAAAGUUGUGGGGUUUCAUGCAGGAAAAGGUAGAGAGUGCUUAUGAGGGCUUGGUUGCGGAUGAGGAAGAGUAG